AAUUAAUAUAACUCAUGUAGAGACGAUUUUGACACACUAUACGGCAUGGAGUUAAAUUAAUGAAUGGAAGCCUCUUUGUUAUCAAUAUUCCUCUCUCUUGCAAUUAACUCCCAUUUAAACAAUCAAUUAGCUUCAUUUUUCAAAUUUUCUGCAAAAUUGUUCACACAUUUGUAAUUUAGUCGAGAAAAAUAGUAAUCAUAUUAAUCUUGUCUUUGUUUCCAUGGUCCUUUAAAAUACAGCUGCAAUUUUAUCGGCACUUAUUUUACCAGCACUUACAACAAAACAAUAUCCACGGAAACAUGUGAUAGCUGAAAACGCAAGUUUUUAAAACGGCCCAAAAACAUGGAGAACAAAGUGUCCAUGCCUCGUUUUAAAAACUUGAAUUGUCAGCAAUCUUCACCUUUUAGAAAAGGCAGGGGUGAAAACAAAAAAGUCAGCGUAAGAUAAGGAGGGCUGUAGAUCUAUGCAUCAACCUAAGUGUGAAGAAGAUAGCUGCAAUCGAGUAGCCUACGUAAAGCAUUCAUAGAAUAUUCGCAUUGCUCAAUAUUCUGAAAGUUGAAAGAAAUAACAAAAAUGUUGCCCCAAAGUUCAAACGACAGCUUCGAAAUAGAACGAUUUUCUCAACAGGUCGCCGAAGGGAUGAAGGACUUGUCACCAGGUCAGAGGAUCUUGGCUGAGAAGGUGAUUUCUGAAAUAGUGUUCUACGGCCAACUCGGUCAACUCAACUCGGAAAUGAGCAAAGGUUUUCAAAACAUGAUCGAUAAGCCGCACGACGAAGCACAUGAAGCCAGCAAAACCGAGACCACAAACGAGAUCAAAGCACAAAGCAGUGCGUUGAGGCCGAAGAGAAAUGCCGCGUGUUCCAUCGCUCGACACGACGACCGACUACGACUUUGUUUAAUACCCUCGAUCCUUACUAUGUCAAAACCGAAAAUAUGCACUCACAAAUCAAGAUCGAGGAAUAAACACCAUGGCUCAAAACAAUGCAUUAAACUGAAAUUAUCCCACGGAGGAAAGCAGGUGUGCUACCCGACGAGAAGAUACAAGAAACAAUUUGAACGAAAAAACGUCCGUCCACUCAAAUCGAGACAAUACAGUUCUUCGAAUUUGACCAGCACUGCGUCGGAAACUAGUAGGACGAGCGUUUCCAAAAAAACUUCAACCUGUUCAUCUUUAGACAGCACAAAAUCGUUUUCAGACGUUGACAAACCCCAAUAAAGUAUUAAAAAACCAA